UGUGUGAGUGUGAAGAUGGAAGUCGGUGUGAUGCAGCCGGGCUUCGGAGGCACAUAGGCGGCAGAACAUGCGCAGUGGACGUUUUGUGCCAUAUUGGAAUGAGGUCGUGAAACGAGAGAAAAAGUGCGUCAAGCUAGCGCGGCGCUGCGGCCGCGACACCGGAAGCGUCGCCGCCGCCUCCUCGACGCAGGAAAAGCCCCGCGCGUCGAGCGGUUUGUGGGCGUUUUAUUUUGAAACGCCCACCCGGGGCUCGACGCGCACACAGCCCGCGACGACUUGACACUGCUGCGAGCGAGCAGGCGGAGAGGAACGGCAUCUAAAAAGCGACUUGGAAAAACUACUUAGCGAGCUCCUUGUCUUGGCCUUGAGGGGGCAGCAGCAUGAGUCAGGAGUCGCUGGAGUCUGAUGGAGACUCUGCUCAGGAUGCAUGUGACUUUAACUGGGAUGACUACCUGGAGGAGACUGGAACCGUGUCCGUGCCCCAUCACGCCUUCAAACAUGUGGACCAGGGUCUGCAGACAGGACUGGCUCCGGGCAUGAAGCUGGAGGUGUGCGUGCGCUCGGAGGCCGACAGCCCCUUCUGGGUGGCCAACAUCAUCACCACAUGUGGCCAGCUGCUGCUGCUGCGCUAUGAGGGAUACCAGGAUGACCGGCGCGCCGAUUUCUGGUGUGACAUCAUGACGGCGGACCUCCACCCACUGGGCUGGAGCCGGCAGCAUGGCAAGAUCAUGAGGGCCCCCGAGGGUGUGCGUGAGAAGCAGCAGGACUGGGAGGCUCUGCUGGAAAAGGCCCUGGCUGAGGAGUGCAGCGUGCCUGCCAACCUACUGGAAUUGCCCCAGCGUGGCAGAGACCCAGUGGAGCUCCUGUGUGCGGGCUGCUAUGUGGAGCUCCAGGACAUUGCUGACACGGGUCUGGCCUGGGCCGCCGAGGUGGAGGAGAAUGUUGGGGGGCGACUGAAGCUGCGCCUGGUCGGCACCGAGGGCCUGCCAGACACUCCCGCAACCGUCUGGCUCUUUUACCUCCACCCACGCCUCCACCCACCCGGCUGGGCCAAAGAGCACGGCUGCACCCUCAGGCCUCCCUCAGAUCUGUCUGCACUGCGGACAGAGGAGGAGUGGGAGGAGGUGAGGCAGAGGAUCACUGACCUGCCUCAGGAUGAAGCUCUGACUGCAGAGUUCACUAAGGAUCAGCCUGCCGUCAAUGCUCAUUGUUUCAAGGAAGGGAUGAAACUGGAGGCUGUUGACCCCACUGCUCCUAUUUCCAUCAGGCCUGCCACUGUCACCAAGGUGUUCAGUGAGCAGCACUUCCUGGUAACAAUGGACGACCUUUGUGGCGUCGAAGAGUCAGAGGGUGCGGGCCGGUCCUUCCUGUGUCACAGAGACAGUCCAGGCAUCUUCCCUGCUCAGUGGAGCCUCAAAAAUGGCCUCCCUCUCAGCCCCCCACCAGGAUACCAGGGUCCAGACUUUGACUGGGCAGAUUACCUGAAAAAGAGUGAGGCUGAGGCCGCUCCUCAGCACUGCUUCCCAGAUGAGCAGUGUGACCACAGCUUCAAAGAGGUCAUGAAACUGGAGGCUGUCAACCCGCUGUCGCCUGAGAACAUACAUGUGGCAACAGUCACCAGGGUCAAAGGGCAAUACAUUUGGCUCAGCUUGGAAGGACUGAAGCAGCCCAUGCCAGAGAUGAUUGUUCACGUGGACUCUCUCGACAUCUUCCCUGUCAGCUGGUGCGAGACAAACGGCUAUCCACUCGUCUAUCCCAUCAAACCCUCAGUUGAGAAAGAGAGGAAGAUUGCUGUGGUGCAGCCAGAGAAACACAGAACUCCACCAAAGUCCUUGUCGCCCGACACUAUCAAGCAGCAGAUGGGCAACCAGUCAGAGACGGGUGGACCGGGGAAUGGGAAAUACUGCUGUCCCAAGAUCUACUUCAACCACCGCUGUUUCUCUGGGCCCUACCUCAACAAGGGACGCAUUGCCGAGCUGCCUCAGUUUAUCGGCCCUGGGAACUGUGUCCUCGUCCUCAAAGAGGUAUUGUCUCUGCUGAUAAACUCGGCAUACAAGCCCAGCCGCGUGCUGCGAGAGCUGCAGCUGGACCAGGAGAGCCGCUGGCAAGGACACGGAGAGACACUCAAAGCCAAGUACAAGGGAAAGAGUUACCGAGCCACUGUGGAAAUAGUCCGCACUGCAGACCGCGUGGCAGACUUCUGCAGGAAAACCUGCAUCAAGCUUGAGUGCUGCCCGAACCUGUUUGGACCUCGCAUGGUUCUGGAGGGCUGCUCUGAGAACUGCUCUGUCCUCACCAAGACAAAAUACACGUAUUACUAUGGUAAGAAGAAGAGUAAACGCGUCGGCCGCCCACCCGGGGGCCACACCAACCUAGAGGGUGGGGUAAAGAGAAGAGGGAGGAGGAGGAAGAGGAGGAAGCAGCUUUUUGUCCAUAAGAAGAGACGCUCUUCAGCCUCUGUGGACAACACACCUGCUGGUUCUCCACAGGGCAGUGGAGAGGAAGAAGAUUUAGAUGAAGACGAUUCUCUGAGUGAAGACACUGGCUCAGAGUUACAGGACGAUCUCCAGGAGGAUUCUGAACAGUCAGCCGGGAAGUCUCAGCCCACCACGCCCUCCUCCUCCCCACCUGCGACACCCAGGCCCACGCGGCGACGCCGGAAACCUCGCUCACCCUCUUUCUCUGAUGAUGAAAACCGUCCUCCCUCGCCAAAGACCUCAAAGACUGAGCCUCCUCAGAAGCUGUGUUUGGACACCAGCCCCCUGGAGUGGAGCGUCACUGAUGUGGUUCGCUUUAUCAGGAGCACUGACUGUGCACCUCUGGCAAGGAUUUUCUUGGAUCAGGAGAUUGACGGACAAGCGCUGCUCCUGCUGAACCUCCCGACAGUGCAAGAGUGCAUGGACCUGAAGCUGGGACCGGCCAUCAAGCUGUGCCACCACAUUGAGAGGGUCAAGCUGGCUUUUUAUCAGCAGUUUGCUACAUAGCUGGCGGGGAAUGAACAUUGGACACGACUACAUCCCGUUCCAUGUGUCAAUCCUGUGAAAACACUGUAUUUUCCCCAUUUUGACUUUUCUAACACUGGACAUCCUUUAGAAUCGUGCAGAUACCACGUUGAGUCGGACAAGCAUGAACACAAGAGGAAUAAGCGACAUUUUCCUGAUCAUGGGUUGUUGGGGGGGGGGGGCUUUUUGAAAACAUAGCUCAGGGGAGUACUGAAAGAGAAGAAUUCAAGGCACUUUUUUGUCAUGAAUAAAUCUAAAAGCCUUUAUCAAAUACAACACACUUUGGCUUUAAUCAAUUAUGACAGACGUGCUUCAGAAGUUGAAACAAGUUGGUUUCUCGCCAUGUUCUAUGGAGACCUUUUAAAUUAUGUGCAUCUUAUGAGUGCUUCAGAUUCUCCCCUUUUAUCUCCUCUUUCUUUACAUUACAUUUUUUAACUGAGCACCAGUGCUGAAACAUCAUUCGUCUGGUUGUGUCCAUUCAUGAUUUCCAGCCUGCCUUGCUGACUCUUAAAAGGGAUUAUCACUGAAUCACAGCGUUUACUUGUCAUAUACUCUGCCCCCUGAUUAUUUGUAUCUGCUGGGCAACAUUUGCAUUUUUUCUGCUGGGGUCAGAAAUCUGGUGAUUUCAUAAUGAAGUCUAUUUUCAUUGAAAAGAUUAGUGCACAUGAGUGUACACACAGGAUAUGACAGCCCACUUACUGAAGCACUUACAAAGCAAACUGUUUUUCCCAAAAUUUGUUUAGCCACAUUAGCCACAAGUUGUAUCAUGAAGUUCUUGGGUCCGUUGGGUUUUUAGUUGCGGCAGGAGAUUAUUCGCCCUAUGAAUUAAUUAAAAAAAAUUUGUUUGCAAACAAAAGUACAAGUUGCAUACAAUUAAAGCAGGUUUCCUGGUAAAUUUAUAUGACAAGUCGUAGUGAGUGGUUGGAGGACUAUUCUAGUGUGAACACCAGACACAUGCUGUACUGACACAUCUUGCUCAGAAACAGAUGUAAAGAGGGCCUUCAUCUCGAGAUAAAAUUGCUUUCCUCAAGUGUCUGUAAAACCAGUUUACGGUGCAAGGAUACCUAAUGCAAGCACAAGCAAAACCAUGCACUGUUGGGUGGUAUGCAAAUAUGACAGUGCAUGUUUGUACAUAGUGUACUUAAUCAAAUUUCUUCUAGUGCAACAGGGUGAUCACACAACUAUUGAGCAAUUAACUUUCUGCAUAAGCAAUGAGCAAAUGCCCUAAUAUCUGUUGUAUAUGUUUGCACAGAAUGAAUAGGCCUAAACCUUCUCAUAUGGAAAGUGUGAUUAAAACAAAUUCAGAUUCAGUUGAUUAUUUGAGCCAUUUCAUAUCACUGAACUGUCAUUAUUUUUAAAACAGCUUAAUAAUUGGGAAGUUUUAAAAUCAAGAAUUUAUUCUUAAAAAUCCUUUUGGUAAAUCAGUUGUUCCUCUUUUUUUUUUUUACCCAUUCCUCUAGUGUGAUUUAUUGUCAUGUGUGCCAUUUUGUGUGAGGAAACCCUCUCGCGGGUCUUGUUUACUUAUUUGCUCGUACUUACAGCAGUACACGAAACAAUGGAACAUAUUUUUAUCUCAUGUUUUAAAAAAGAUUCACUGCUAUUUAAAGAGAAGACUGCAAUAAAAAAAGAAAGAAACUGAA